AUGCACAAAAUGGCAGGGACCGAACAGUUUUAUCUCUUUGAAAAUAUAUCCUCAGUGGGUCCAUGGGAUGGACCCCAAUAUCACAUUGCUCCAAAGUGGGCCUUCCAUUUACAAACACUGUUUAUGGGAUUUGUAUUUUUUGUGGGCACCCCUCUAAAUGGCAUUGUGCUCUUUGUAACACUCAAGUACAAAAAGUUGCGACAGCCACUCAAUUAUAUUUUGGUUAACAUAUCAGCAGCUGGUUUUUUAUUUGUUACGUUUUCAGUGUCUCAGGUAUUCAUUGCCAGUGCGCAAGGCUACUAUGUUUUUGGAAAGGUCUUAUGUGCAUUAGAAGCAUUUGUGGGAGCGGUUGCAGGUUUGGUAACAGGAUGGUCUCUUGCCUUCCUCUCUUUUGAAAGAUAUAUUGUCAUUUGUAAACCUUUUGGAAACUUCCGAUUUGGAUCCAAGCAAGCUUUGAUGGGUGUAAUUGGAACCUGGAUGAUUGGGAUCAGUGUGGGAAUCCCACCAUUUUUUGGCUGGAGCAGAUAUAUUCCAGAAGGCCUGCAGUGCUCUUGUGGCCCUGAUUGGUACACAGUGGGCUCCAAAUACAAAAGUGAAUAUUAUACUUGGUUCCUGUUCAUCUUUUGCUUCAUAUGCCCACUUAGUCUCAUCAUUUUUUCAUAUUCCCAACUUCUUUCAGCUCUCAGAGCCGUUGCAGCUGCUCAGGCUGAAUCUGCUACAACCCAGAAAGCAGAGCGUGAAGUGUCCAGAAUGGUGGUUGUGAUGGUGGGCUCAUUCAUUGUGUGCUAUGGUCCUUAUGCAGCUCUUGCUAUGUAUAUGGUAAAUAACCAUCAGCAUGGCAUAGAUCUGCGUUUAGUGACUAUACCAGCUGUAUUCUCAAAAAGUUCCUGCGUCUACAACCCGAUCAUCUAUGCAUUCAUGAACAAACAGUUCCGCGCCUGCAUUAUGGAGACCGUCUUUGGAAAGCCCAUGACAGAUGACUCUGAAGUAUCCACCUCCAACAAAACUGAAGUCUCCUCCGUCUCCACAAGUCAGGUCAGCCCCAGCUAA